CACCUAGUACCCUCACUCACCCCAUGCUCCCUCUCACUCUUUCCCUCUCCCUCUCCUUCCUAAUACUCGCAAAUGCAGACCCAGUCCACAUACCACUUACAGUCCGCGAUGUUGACUCUGGUUCAAGCGAUGCCGUAAACGCUGAGCACUGGAAUUCAGUUGCGGAGGGGUUACAACUAAAAUAUGGAAUUGGGAACUCGAAUUCGAGGCGGAUGGGCAGACGUGCUUCUACUGCAGAUAUCCCCAUGACGAACCAGCAAACCGAUGCCAGUUACUUUGGUACGGUGAAUGUAGGAACUCCAUCACAACCAUUCAACGUCAUCCUCGAUACUGGCUCCUCAGAUCUUUGGCUAGCAUCCUCCGCAUGCUCCCUUUGUGAUUCCGAAACACCUCUCUACGAUCUUUCAAAGUCUUCUUCCGCUCAGAACACCAAUCGUCCUGUAUCAAUAACCUAUGGAUCCGGUCAAGUUCGUGGAACGACCGUAACUGAUAAUGUAUCUAUUGGGCCGUUUUCGGUCUCAUCACAGACUCUUCUCGCGGUUAACGUUGUAAGCUCAGGUCUCUUAGACGGCACCGUCUCAGGAAUUCUCGGUCUUGGAUUCAACACCAUCUCUUCAACGCGUAGCACACCCCUCUGGCAGACGUUAGCGAAUAAUGGAGACUUUAGUAGUCCUGAUAUGUCAUUCUGGAUGACGCGGUUAAGAGGGACCACCAAUCGGCAGACAGAAGCUCCUGGGGGAGUCAUGACACUCGGAGGCACGAACUCUACGCUUUUCACAGGCGACGUAGAGUUUCUGCCAGCGGUGGGGCAGCCUAGUUUCUGGCUGUUGGAGAUGAAGACGUUGACGGUGAAUGGCAAAAACGUGCCUAUAUCGACGGGGAAUAACGCGGUCUCUGCCAUUGACACUGGAACUACUCUGAUUGGAGGACCGGGUACGGAUGUGAAAGCGUUCUGGGCGGCGGUUCCGGGGUCCAACGUAGUUUCUGAUAUGCCUGGAUUCUUUUCUUAUCCGUGUUCAACCGAUCUAAACGUCGGUAUGUCCUACGGAGGAAAGUCCUGGUCCAUCAAUCCCAAAGACAUGAAUAUCGGUCGACUUUCUGUUGGAUCUAGUUCAUGUGUUGGGGGGAUCUUUGAUUUAUCGAGGGGAACGAACAUCGCUAGUGGAGGAGAGGGAACUCCGGGUUGGGUUGUUGGAGCUACAUUUCUGAAAAACGUCUACUCCGUCUUCCGCGCGACCAACCCACCCCAAAUUGGCUUCGCUCAGUUGUCUGACGCAGCAGGGGGAUCAGGUAUGAUCCCCUCUUCUUCAUCGGCGACUGAGCUGAAUCCCACUGCUACUUUUGCUCCUUCAUCUUCUCGUCGUGGUUCUUCUUCGACUAUAGGCGCCCCUGGUAAUACACCUUCCGGUAGUGGGAAUGGGAGUGGGAGUGGGAGUGGAUCCAAUGGGGCUGUUCGAUCGGGCAGGACUGUGUCAUCUGCGCCGGCUGCUUUUGCUGGUGCAGUGGUACUGUUAGCUGGCUUUGUGGGUGGUUUGGGUGGGUUUUGAAGGAAAGGGAUGUGGGUUAUCUCUUUUUUUAACACGAGUGCUUGUUUCUUCCGAUUAUUGUUUGCUUCUCGGGUUUUUCAUCUACAGUAACGCCUAUUUUUUCUAUAUAUUUUUUGCGUUCUGGAUCUAAACAGUCUUUUUGCAGUGAACGUUUUCGAAUCCCUUCUUUAUUUUAUAAGUUGGUAUUUCGGAGUGUGGUGCAUACAGGAUUGCCAGUUGUUAUCUACGGACUUUUUGAGUAGUAGUGUUUGAAAUAAUUGAAAAUGCGAAUUCAACUGGCGCCGAACGAAUGGUUCUGAGGAG